UCACACUUUUUGAUAAACAACAAAGCGUUAAAAUGGUCUGCUGAAUUUAAUACGUUGUACAUAUUUUCUUACGUUAGUUCAUCACAGCAGAGAUGAUAGCAACCAUAUGAAUCAAACAAAAAAUUCAAAAAAUCUUUUGUUAAUGAAGAAAUAACAAAAGCAAAAACCUUUUUCUAAACCAUUGUUUGAAGAAAAACUAACAUUUUGAAUGUUAUUAUGUCUUUGAAAACAAAAUUAAACUGCUACACGGGCUGGGCAAAUUACCGCCUGCUAGAGUACGAAACAAACCUGAACAACAUCAUCACUGAUAUCCUCCAGGGAUCCAACUUGAAACUCCUGGUCACUUCCAUGGUCGGAUACACGCCUAAACGUCUUGGAUCCUUGGAUGACCUGACCCAGAACCAGGUCAUAACUAGAGUGGAAUGGGCGGUGAAGGAACUGAAAAGUAUGAAUGUGAUUCCAGGCAAGAGCGAAGUUGACGGGAGGCUGUUCGCAAUGAGGAGCUCGGAUCAGGUUUUCAAUUUGAUGUGGUUGCUAGUGUCGAAUGAUAUUCACUUUCUAUGGGAGCGACAGGAAUUUCUAAGACUAAAAGACAGCAGUAAGCUAUGCGAAGUUCCUCUCAAAUGGGUACCGGACCAGAUCCCCACUCGAUCCCUUAAAUCCAACCCCACAACCCAAGUAGACAAGGAUGAAGCAAUGUUGAUGGGGUUCGGAAACACUCUCGCGGCACAACACUCAGUAGAGUACGAACCCAUUCCCGACGACUUCGAAAAGUACUCGGGUCAAGGUAUCUGCAUGAAUUACAAGCCCAUGCAUAAACGACACAAGAAGAAAUCGUCCCCAGAAAAAGAGAUUUUGGAAAUAUUGCAGGGUCAGUUCAAUUGCACGGAGGAAGGAAAAGCACUGGGCAUCAAAUCUCUGCGGGACAUGGCUAACAGUCAAGCAUUUUGUGCCCUCAUUAACACCUUUGUCCCCGACACUUUCUCAAAUGAAAUACUGCUACAAGACAGGUGGGCUUUCAACCUCGCCCUGAAAACAUUCGAGAAAAUGACCCACCUUCAAACACCUGUCACUGCUGAAGACUUAUCAAAUUAUGACAGCCAUUGCUUUGCUGCUUAUCUUUGCACGUUCUUUAUGCUCAUGUAUAAAUUCAAGCAAUGUCAGGCAGUCGUAAGACGACUCGGUGAAGUCAAAAUGACAAUACGAAGAGCCGAGUUGGAACUCGGGAAAAAGGCACCAGUCGACGAAUACGGAAUGCCUGUCAAAAACAGUGCCGACAACUCAAAAUCACACUGGACCCACGUGUUGAAAUCAUGCCAAGAUGAACUGGGCAGUUUGGCCAAACUUUAUGAUGUAACAUGGUGUGAAAACUGGGUAAAACACGUUACCGAGGUCCAAAACCAGACCAGACAAAUCAUUCGCAACAAGAUGAAAGAUCGCUUUGACGUCAUAGUCGUGCCUCAAAACAUGUCAGUUAGCGACGUCGUGAACUCUUUCAACCUUAACCUGUCGAUCACAAAAUGCAACGGGUUCGCACAGAUGUUCGGGAAAGAAAUGGUAGCUGUUGAUAAGAAGGUAGUAGUGCGGAAUACUAAAACAGGCGAGUUUCUAGACGACUUUAGUGGGUCGAAUAAAGAUGACUUCUCAAUUCGGAAACUACUCGGCUACAAUACGGGCAUCAUGGUCGAAAUAAAUCCGGAUAAACAUCCAAAAUACAACAUUUUUGUCGAGGUUCCCUCUCUGAGUAAGAUGUUGCGUGCGGGUAGUGAGUACCUCUACAUGGUGUUCCCGGGUGGCAUGGGGUUGUAUGAGAACAUGUUGCAGAAGGCAGUGAAGAGUGGCGAGUUCGAAAUGGUGCGCAAGUUCGUCGUCUUCUUCAACUCAACCAGCUACGUCAACUCCAGAGACCCAAACACUGGCAACACUCCCCUGCACUGGGCGUGCAAAUUCGGCUACGAGAGCAUGGCACUGUUCCUACUUGAGCACGGUGCACAGUGCAAUGCAGUCAAUGCCACCCAGUGCACGCCCUUCAGCUAUGCCAUGAGUAGCAUACACAAGAACUGUGCUCACCUGCUGAUUGAAUGGGGGUGCGACACAUGGUACAAGGACCACACUGGGAAAACAGCGUGGGAUGUAGUGCGCAACCAGGGCAUGAAGGACAUGCUGUUCGAGUGGUAUGAAUACUUGUCUGAUCACGUGCCCAGGAUAGUCAAGGGCGAGACUGAGACACUGUUCAAGGUGAUUGAGAACCACGUGGAGGGAGUGGCGCCCUUUGCCAGCAUCAGAAGCAGAGCCAUUCAAGGAAGCACCCUGCUGCACACUGCCUGUCACUUUGCCCACAAGCCCUCAGUGGAGAUGCUACUGAGUGAGGGGGUGGAUGUGAAUGUGAGGGACUACAAGGGGGCCACCCCUUUGCACCGGGUGAAGAGUGCCGACUGUAUGACCAUUUUACAGGAUGCAGGCGCCGACGUCGCUGUUCAGGAUGCGGAAGGCAACACACCACUACACAUGUUGUGCUUCGAAGGCAGCGAGAACAAGGACGAAAACGAACGAAUGAUAGAGGUUCUGGUCAGCAAAGGAAGUAAUAUCCUAGCGCGGAAUUUUAAAAACUUGAUGCCGAUCCACUGUGCGGCCAUGGGUGGUAACAUAGAGUCUGUCUUGUCCCUCCUGCACCAGAAUGAAGACGAGAUCCUGGAGUCACUGAUGGAAGAACCUCAAGAUGGGGACCCGCCCUCGCUAAUAUACUUGGCAUUGAAUGAUUCCCACUUGGAAUGUGCUGCACAGCUACUGGAAAUUGGGAUCAAAUUCAAAGAAGGCGAAGCUAAGAAACUGCUCCACAAAUACCUCACCGGCACCUCAAGAAGCGACAUGCUAGUGGAUCUCAUCUCCUUCCUAUUGGACAACGGGGCUUCUGUCUCCGACUCUUUCGAUGGGCAGGAGGGACUGUGUGCUCUCCAUCUGGUAUCGGGCAAUGUGUUGUUCACUGACUUGAUUGAACUGAUGGUUGUCACUUAUGAGGCAGAUGUGGAUAUUCAGGACAGAAAUGGUUCCAGUCCUCUGUUCUACGCAUGCAAGAACAACAACCCCUUCGGGGCCAGUCUUCUUCUGGAACAUGGUGCCAACAUCCGCCUCUGCAACCACCACAACCUGAUGGCAUUCGACCUCAUACCAGACUUCGACGACUGGAUCGACAGUGGCUUCUUUUCUCCAGAGAUGACAGCCAGACUCAAGGCUUACAGUCUCAAACAGACGAAGGAACUGAUAUCGGCAAUUAGUCGGAAAGUGAAAGGAGACCAGUCGUCCAACGAUAAACUUAGAUUCUCCAUUAUGAGAUGAAUUUUUUCCAGGAGCAAAAACAACUUUGAAUUUCCGUCUUAUAAUUACCUCUAAAAUUAACCGCUUUUGUUGUAAUAAAACUGC